CGACGGUCAAAUACCUGUCUGAGAGCAUUUGCCGCUCAGUGCCAUGAAUGGUUGAUUGACCCCAGCAACGGAGACGCACUCGAUAUUGCGCGCCUCCGCCUUGCUGAGAAGUUAGCGAGUCAGAAGGUGCGCCUUGUAACAAACUGUAGUAAUCUCCAGGACUCGCUAAAUAUGAGGGCAAGCCAGAGGACCUUUCAGGAUGCCUCAACGGCGGUACCAGCCUAUGCCUCGUCCUCUUCCGCGCAUGUCCCUGAUCCAACCACGCAUGUCCCUGAUCCAACCUUUUCAUUACCCUCUCAUGACCUUGACAAUGACACUGAACCCUCGACAUACAUCCCCAUUGCUGAGUCUGUACAAGUUGGACAAAAGCACCCCCGUGACCCCUUCGACAAUGAGGAUGCCGGUCUGCUAAAGACUCCUAGGAACAGAUCCCCUUCGCGUACGGUUGUUAGCAGGUCUGACGUGUUGGACACAGGACGGAAUGGAUCACCAGCACCGUCUGCUUCGCGUGAGUGCCCCUUCAGGACAGCAAUGGCACAAGAGACGAUGAAUAGACUUCACCGCCUGGACAACCUGCUCCUUCUAAACCUUCCCUACGAGAUUCUGUUCCAUCGAGUCCCUCCACGGAGUUGGCGUCUGGCACAAGGGUCGACAUACAGCCUAGACUGUCGACAUCCAUGUCAAACACAGCACAAAAAGGAGGAGGACUGGAGAAAUUUUUGACCGGACACAGCCUGACGCUGGAGGAUUGUGAGUGGACUUAACUUUAUGCCAAGGCUUCAUG